AUGUCAUCUGAAAACAACUGUGAACAGAUUUUAGAUCAGAAGAAGAGUUAUCAGGCUCAAACGGAUCAAGAAGGCUCUGACUCUGUUAUUCACAAUGCUACUAUAUUGAAGUCCAUUGUGGUCACUUCAAUCCCUUCAAUCAUUGGACUUUUAUUUGAGAUGCUAGUCGAUGUUAUCAACUUGAUAUUUGUGGGCAAUCUGAACAACCCUGCAGCCCUUGGUGGUGUGGGACUUGCCAACAUGCUUCUCAAUGUUGUCUGCUUCUCAAUUGGAAUGGGACUCAAUGGAGCAAUCGAUACAUUGGUUUCACAGGCUUAUGGAAAUCACAAAUAUUAUCUAUGAGGAUGUUACCUCAACAGAGGUCGAAUCAUCCAAGCAAUGUUCUUUAUCCCUGAAGUGAUUAUUUUGUUAUUCACAAAAGAAAUUUUGAUUCUUCUAGGUCAAGAAGAAGAUGCUGCUAACUAUGGUAGGACCUAUGUCCUCAUCCUGCUUCCAGGAAUGUUUGCGAUGACCCAGUUCGAAACAGUCAGAAGAUACUUGCAAAGCAUGGAAAUCUUCUCUCUGUCCAUGUGGAUCCAGUGUGUUACGAUGGUUAUCCAUAUUGUCAUGUGAUAUCUCUUGGUGUUCACUUACGAGCUCGGAGUUGCAGGAACUUCAAUAGCCACCUGUAUUACAUUCUGGCUCAACCUGCUGAUCAUUACUGGAUACAUUACAUUCAGAGAAGGGGUGGUACCUGAAGGGUCCUGGUUCUUUUUCAACAAUGACAGCAUGAAAGGAUGGGGAACCUACCUCAAAUAUGGAAUCCCAGCAGCCUGAAUGCUCUGACUUGAGUGGUGGUCAUUUGAAGUUCUCUCAUUGUUCGCAGGGUUUCUUGGAGUCAACGAACUUGCUGCUAAUGUGAUAUUGUUCAACACACUUGCAGUCUGGAAAUAG